UUUUAGUAACCAAGCUACUUUGCUUUGAUUGGGCGGUCAAUGAUUCGUAAUUUGAAUUCGACCGCGUUCAAUGCGCAGUGUGACACGGGGCUAAAAUCGCGCAUCACUACAGGCCGUGGAUUGUGGAUGUGGACGGCUUGGCUUGUUACUUGACUCUUGGCUCGUGCCGCGUAAUGUAUACUGUAACUGUAGUAUUGUAGUACUCCGUCACUCCGUCUUCCGUCUCGUAGUGGACGCGGAAGUCGUAUAAAGGAGAGUGCAGUAUCCUCGGAAGGAAAUCGUCGGUUACCGAAAAUUCUCAAAUUGCAAAAGACAUACAUAUAGUUCAAGCAAAAAUGGAUGAUAAUAAAAAAUUUAAUGGGAAAGGACAUGGUUCCCUAUUGUUGCAAAUGAUGAAGCAGAAAACACAAGCAGAACAUGCUCGGUCUGAAACACUGUCCCAUUCUGUAGAAACACCUAGUUUUUCUUCUAAUGAACAGACCAGAUCAUUUGAGGCAUCUCAAACCUCAUUUGCCUCAAAUGUUAGUGUAGGUCGCGGACGUGCUCAAUUACCUAGUUUGUUAAAAUCUAUGAGUAUAAGCAAAGGAUUAGAGGGCAGAGGACAACCUACACUAGCAAUGGGACGCGCUUCUCUCCUAAGUUCUUUGAUAAAGAGACAGAGUUCUGGUGAAUCAGGCACACGACCAAGUAUGUCUAUUGAAAGGACACAUUCUGCAGGUGUUUUAGGAAAAUUGUCUGAUAUUUCGGUAUAUGACAGUCCAUCCACAUCCGACGUACAUCCUUCCGAAGAUACCGCGCCAAUAUGUCGACAAGGCAAAAGUGGAACAAAAAUAGAAAUAUUUGCCAAUUAUAUAGAUCUGAAAUUAGAUCCUGGAAAAGGAUUGUUUCAAUAUGAGGUUAAAUACAGUCCAGAUAUAGAUUCGAUAGGAUUACGUCGUAAAUUGCUUGCUCAACAUUCCACUAGUUUAGGACGAACAAGAACAUUUGAUGGGAUGAUACUUUACUUACCAACAAAACUGCCACAAGAUGUCACAAACUAUUAUUCGGAACACCCAAUGGAUGGAUCGCGAAUAACUCUUACAAUCAUUUUUAAAAAGAAACAAUCGAUGAAUGAAAAUGUACAGUUCUUCAACGUUUUGAUUAAUCGUAUCAUGCGUGCACUUAGUUUAAUUCGUAUUGGUCGACAAAAUUUUAAUCCGAAUAGCGCGCAAAAACUGAAUCAACAUCGAUUAGAAAUAUGGCCUGGUUAUGUGACUGCCAUAAACGAAUAUGAGGGUGGCUUAAAGCUCUGUUUAGAUUCUAAACAUCGAGUAAUGCGGACAGAAACUAUUCGAGAUUUAAUAACUGAGAUUGCUCGUAAAGGACAGCGCGAUUAUAAAGAUGCUAUAAUAAACGAGAUAGUUGGUACGAGCGUAUUAACACGAUACAAUAAUAAGACGUAUCGUAUAGAUGAUAUUGCAUGGGAUAAAACACCAGAAUAUAAAUUCUCCAGAAAUGACCAGGAAAUAUCUCUAAUCGAUUAUUACAAAAUACAUUGGAACAUAGAGAUUGUAGACAAAACGCAACCGCUUUUAGUGCAUCGUGGCACGAUUAGAACAUCGACCGGCGAGAAGCAGGAAAGAAUAAUUCUUCUGGUACCGGAAUUGAGUUAUGCUGCGGGUCUCACAGAUAGUAUCCGCUCCAACCACUAUAUAAUGAGAGAUUUGAGUGCAAUUACGAAAUCGUCGCCCGAUCAUCGUAGGAGUGUGAUUAGGCGAUUUGUAGAAGAGGUAGAAAAGAAUAAGGUUACCCAAGAAUUAUUAUCAGAAUGGGGUUUACGUUUAAAUAAUGACAUAGUUCAAUUUACUGGAAGACGCCUUGAUCCUGAGUUGAUACAUUUCGGGCAUAACAAAACAUGCCAAUUGACGGAUGAUAAACCUGGUGAUUGGAAUGCUGCAGUGAUAAAAAAUCCUGUAUUACGUGCUCCCAAUUUGAACAAUUGGCAUAUUAUAUAUUUUACAAGAGAUGAUACUUGUGUAAAAGAUUUCUUAGAGAUGCUGAACAAGAUUGUAGGAGCAAUCGGAAUGCGGAUUAACAAAAAUCCACGAAAGAUUGUUCUAAAAGAUGAUAGAACUGAAACUUAUCUGCGAGAAAUUCAAAACAGCAUCAACGACGCUGUUGAAUUAGUAGUUGUUGUAUUUCCGACCAAUCGUACUGAUCGAUAUUCUGCUGUCAAAAAACUAUGUUGUGUGCAAAGAGCCGUACCGUCGCAAGUUAUCAUCGGAAAAACAAUUUCCAAGCCUCCAAAAUUGAAAAGUGUUACAGAAAAGAUUGCACUUCAAAUCAAUUGUAAACUAGGAGGCGCACUUUGGACUGUAAACAUGCCAUUGAAAAAUUGCAUGGUGUGUGGUAUAGAUGUCUAUCAUGCUGGUGUAGGAGGAGGUGCGAAGAAGAGUGUUGCAGGAUUUGUCGCAAGUUUAGAUACUCAAUUAACCAAAUGGCAUAGUAGAAUCUGUAUGCAAGCUUCUAAGCAAGAGUUGGUGGAUAUGCUACAAGUGUGCCUUAUCUCAGCUAUCAAUGCAUAUCAAAAGCAUAAUGGGUGUAAUCCGGAGCGUAUAAUUAUAUAUCGCGAUGGAGUCGGCGAUGGUGAUCUAGAUUAUGUCGAAAAAUAUGAAGUAAAGCAACUAAUGAUGACGUUCAACCGCAUUGCGCCAAAUUAUAAGCCGCAACUUAGUGUAAUAAUCGUUCAAAAACGUAUCAAUACACGAUUGUUCAUCAGAGAUAGAGGAAAUCCGCGGGGCUUAGAGAAUCCCGCAGCGGGUACCGUCGUCGAUUCGUUCGUAACGAGAAGAAACUAUUAUGAUUUCUUCCUCGUGCCGCAAAGUGUACGACAGGGUACGGUAACACCUACUCACUAUAUUGUUAUUCAUGAUUCGUCCAAUCUGGAGACUGAUCACAUGCAACGACUCACGUAUAAAUUUUGUCAUUUGUAUUACAAUUGGCCUGGUACGAUUCGCGUACCCGCUCCUUGUCAAUAUGCGCACAAGCUUGUAUAUCUAGUCGGUCAAAAUAUUCAAGCCGAACCGCACUAUUCCCUCUCGGAUAUCUUGUUCUAUCUAUAACUUUCUUGCCUAAUCUGUUAUUUUUUCAUUUUUUGCUCUAAAUUUUUCUUUCUCUUUUGUUUCUCCUUAAAUUGAGUACAAGCAUAUCUAUAGGAGAAUAUUUAAGAUACAACGAUAAGAUAUAUAUGAAUUAUUUGAUUAUGUUUCUCUAUACCAAAGUUUAUGUCAAUCAUCGAUCGUGUAUGACAAUUUAGCAAAAGUAUUGCAUAUAAAGUAAAGAGUAAUUAAAAAUUAUGAUUGAAGAAACAAUAUAACAGAGGAGACUAUUACCAAGUAUAUUAUAAACAAUGCACUUGGGACAUAUGUCUCUUUGUAGAUAUUUUAUUUUUAUUUUUUUUUAUACGCAGUCAAUUAGAGUACAACUGGUAUACAAAGUAACAUUUGCAUUGUAUUAACCCGGAAAGUAACUUGUGCAUUUGGCACUCGGGUAAAUAUCAAUGCAAAUUUUGCAAUGAUUCUCUUAAACAAUAUAUCUCUUUUAGCUAUAGCAUAUAUAUAGCUAGUGUACAUUUGAAUUUUCAACUUUCAUUUAUUUUUUUAUAUGCAAAGAGACUAAAAUAAGACAAAAAGUAUUUCAUAGGUGAUAAAAUAUUUAUAUUCGUUUUUGUUGGACUUCAUACUUAUAUAAUACACUUUCAUUUGACGAUCUCAACAUCACAUACCGCAUUUAUGUGCGUGUGUGUGUAAAAUUAUUUCAUCCUUGUUCAAUCGAAAGUUAAAUAAAGAUCGAUGAACUCGUAAGCGUUGCGAUAAUCAAAUAGAACGUAGUCACAAUACUCGCAAGAUCUGGCUUUUUAUUUUCUAUUUAUUUUCAUAGUCUUGUUAAAACUUUGCCAAAAUAUUAUUGAAAAAUUAUCAGUAUUAAAAUAAAGACUAAUAAAUAAUGACCUAUAUCUGUGAGAGAGUUUAAUUAACUGAUUUAAUCUCUUUCUUCUUUUUUAUUUCUUAGGUUAUAAAUUUUUUAAAAGAUAAGAUGUAGGAUAUUAUAAAUUAACAAUAUAAUUAUUGUUAUCAUUGCUACUAUUGUUAUUGUUUUAUUUUAAUCUAAGUAAAUGUAUAUUUAAUGUAAUUUCCAAAGAUUAUUUUUAGAGUUGAUUACAUAUUUUUAGCAUGCAAAAAGUUUGAGAUAAUUGUUUUUUUUUUUAUAUAUAACUAUAAAGAAAAUUUUGCAUGUUUAUACUUAAUGGGUGCCAAAUAUAAAUAUAUACUGAGAGAUUGAAAUA